UAAAAAUGAAAUGCACGAUAUGCACGUCUAUUUUUCUGCUGUCUGUGCCUACACGGAUGGGUUGAAACUUAACACCUUAACCAUUUACAUCAGGACUCAAUAUUGGAGUAAAAGAUGGUGUGCUUUGCCACCCGAAGAGGCCGAUACAUCACGUUUACUGUGAGUGUGAUCAUCGUUCUGUUUAUAAUCUCUCGACCAACAAUUAGACAACUGAUCUUUGGAGCGUGUGCAUGCGGUCAAUGUGUGAUGGACCUCACUCGUGACACCUGGUUCAGACAACGGUUCGACCCACGCAUCCAACCCUUACUGACCCCUAAAAACAGUGUGCUCAGUGACUCCCUCUACAGAUGGUGGCAAAAGCUGCAAUACAAGAGUAAAGUAAACUAUACAGCAGUGGUGGAGAUGUUAUUUGGCGUCUUCCCAAAUGAAGAGUAUUAUUUGGAUGCUGGUUGGGGCCGCUGCAGAAGCUGUGCUGUUGUGGGGAACUCUGGGAACCUCAAAAACUCUCACUAUGGUCCUCUUAUUGAUGCUCAUGAUCUCGUCAUCAGGGUAAAUAAGGGCCCAACAGAAGGUUUUGAGCGGGAUGUGGGGUCUAAGACCACUCACCGGUUUAUUUACCCUGAGAGCGCUGUGGACAUGGACAACUCCACCCAUUUGGUGCUGAUCCCAUUCAAGACUGUGGAUCUCCAGUGGAUCAUCAGUGUCUUCACAAGCAAACACAUUCAUAGAACAUAUGUUCCUGUAAAACCUUCAAUAAAAGCAAAUAGGGAAAAGGUGAUGAUCCUCCAUCCAGCUUUCCUGAAAUAUGUUCAAGAGCGCUGGCUGCAGAAACAUGGCAGAUAUCCAUCCACCGGUUUCAUCUCACUCAUAUUCAGCCUCCACGUCUGUGACCAGGUGAAUGUAUUUGGGUUUGGAGCAGAUGUACAUGGAUACUGGCAUCACUACUUUGAAGAAAAUAAGCAUCCUCUUAAUUCCGGCAAUCAUGGUGGAAGUUUUGAAUAUAGGAUUACAGUUAAGCUUCAUGAGAAAAAUGCACUUCGGUUGUAUAAAGGAUGGUGAUCAUGUUUUAUUAUUUAUUUUUUAUUGUUAUUAUGUCUUCAAAAUAAAUCAGGACAGUAAACUCUUAUAUGCCAAAAGGUCAUGGAC